AUGCGUUGCUUCUCUGCUCCUGCGGCGCAUUCUUCGAGCACUGUCGCGCUUUUUAGCCACCAGACAAAGACGACGAGAAAGAGCAGAGCACGAGAGCGCUUUUGCAGUCGCAGUAUUCGCGACGAAAACGCAGGAGUCAAACCUAGACGCGAUGAUGAUGAUGAGGAGGAGGAGGAGGUUUUUGGCGGCGAGAGAGAGAUGCGAACGACGAAUACGAAUACGAAUGCGACUACUACGCAUCGUUCGAAGCGAGGACGACGGAAAAAGAGAGAUAUUUUACUCGCGUGUGGUAGCCUUUUGCUUUUUUCCAACACUUCUUCUUCUCAGAAGGAAGAAGAAGCGUUCGCCGCUGGGAUGAUGGAUUUUACCAAACAAAGCCAAUCGACGUUCCAACUCGGACCUUUGCAAGUCACUUUGCAACGCCUGCGAACGCUCCGGAACGACAUUUUUACAUCUCUCGAAGAAGAAGAAGGAAAAGAGGGAAAGAAGAACGAGGACGAUACCGGUGUUGUGGUCGUGAAACCUGGAUCGGAAGAAGCGAUCGCGAGAUUACGAAACGCGACGUUGGAUUGCACCUCCGCCAGACCGGCGUUGGAGGCGUACGCCAACGUAAGAGACGUGUGCACGCUGUCCAUCGUCUUGAAGAGCGUCUCGAAGAAAUUCGCGACCGAGGAGGCACGAGAGAGAGCGAGAGAGAGAAAAGAUGAGACGGUUCAGGCGUUCGCGGAGUUAGAGCGAAAGUUACGAGAUGUAAACGCGAGUAAGGAAGACAUCGACGCGGAAUUUGAAAACAGUAGGGCGAGCGUGAAACGGUUCGCCGAGAGCGUCCUCGAAGCGUUCGAUUUUAGCGACGAAGAAGAGAAAGUGAAAAGAGAGGCUUUUCCCGACCUCUUCUCCUGA